CUACCUCCAGGAGCCUGGGAGAGGACAGGACCCCACAGACUGAGCGAACUGAAGGAAAAUGAACCAAAUUCAAUCUUUGCUCAAUGAUUGCCUCAUCAGAACAAAACAUGUGGAACACGCGGCCAUCAUCAAAUUAAAGGACGAGACUGUGUGGGCAUCAACCCUUGGCUUUAAUUUGCAGCCACAGCAUGCCUUACUCCUCAGCUCUGCUUUCUUCAAGAACUUAUUACACGUCAGAAGGGAGGGACUUUACUUCCAGGAGAAGCAUUAUAAAUGUGUCCGAGCAGAUGAGUGCUCCAUCUAUCUUAAAAAUGAAGACAGAGGUCUGAUAGCUGUGAAAACAGAUUCAUACAUCCUGGUUGCUACUUACUCUGAGGGGAUGUAUCCUAGCGUGUGUGUGGAAGCUUUAGAGAAACUGGCGGAGUAUUUCAGAGAUAAGGAAAACUGAAUCUGCAAACAACUUAAAAUUGACCAAGUCUAUGAAGACUGGUUUGUUAGAAAACCACAGAUGGAAGUUUGUAAUGAAGCACAUCCAAGCAAGCAAGACAAUAUCUAUUAUUCUGCAAUAUUUUCAGUGCAUAGUGAAGGCUCUGAAAGAGAAGGAUAAUCCACAGCAUUUGAAUCGCACCAGUGCAGCCUAACAGCCUCCUAAAUUGUCAGCUCCACCAUCUUCAUGUCCCAAAAUUACAGCUCAUAAAUCCAGGCAUGUGUGGUGGCAUUUGGGCUCUAGUUCGGAUGCAUUCCAAGAGUCUAAUAUUGCAAGAUGCUGAGCGUCUCCUACCAGGUGCUGAGUACCCUCUACACACAGUGACUUCCCUGGAAGUUGAGCCCUUUCUCCACGUCUCCUAUAGGAGUUGAUGGUGCUCAGCAUAUCAUAGGAUCAGGCCCGAAAACUAUAACUUCAGAUCAUCAAAAGUACAGUUGGGUGAUGUUCUCUAGAGACUGAGUUAAGGUGUUUUUCUUCAUUUUGCAUCUGAAGAAGUGAGGUUCUUACCCACGAAAGCUUAUGCUCUCAAUACUUCUGUUAGUCUUAAAGGUGCCACAGGACCCUCUGUUGCUUUCUUCAUUUUAACACUAUCUUUUUUGUUUUGUUUUACCCAAUCUCCUAGUAAGAAAGCAGUUAAUUUCUCUGAGCUGUGAGGCAUCUCUCACAGGACAUGUACCAUACACACAGCAUCAAAACUGAGUAGAUUAAUGAAAUGUGUUGCAUUAACAUAUAGUUCAAUGUAAGCUCAGAAAUUGCAUUGCAUGCCUUGGAAUGUCUUGAAUAAAAUGCCAUUUUU